AUUGUUUUCAGUCGGAUACAGAGCCAUGAAUCCUGAUAUUAUGAAAGAGCGGCAAAGCGCCACUUUUGACGUCGAGAAACUGACCAACAUUUUGGACGGGGGCCCAGAAAAGACUAAAAGAAGGCGAGAAAUUGAGUCAAUGGUUCUCAGCGACCCGGACUUUAAGGAGGAGGACCCAAACUUCCUGUCCCGCAGUGAGCGCUAUGACCAGGCUGUUAGAAAAAGUGCCCAAAUGAUCCUGAAGCUCAGAGAGUAUGGCAUUGCAGACCCAGAGGAGAUCUACUGCUAUAAGAACUGUGUGCAUCCCAACAGGCCAGAGCCCUUGGAUCUCCAUCUGGGGAUGUUCCUGCCCACACUGCUCAACCAGGCCACCCCAGAGCAAAUGGAUCGUUUCUUCAUGCCUGCCUGGAACCUAGAGAUCAUCGGCACCUACGCUCAGACUGAGAUGGGCCACGGCACACACCUCAGAGGGCUGGAGACCACAGCCACAUAUGACCCAGCCACACAGGAGUUUGUCUUGAACAGUCCGACAGUCAGCUCCAUCAAAUGGUGGCCUGGAGGACUUGGAAAAACCUCAAACCAUGCCAUAGUUCUAGCCCAGCUUUACACUCAGGGAAACUGCUAUGGUCUGCAUGCUUUCAUCGUACCCAUCCGCGACAUGAGCACACAUGUACCCCUGCCAGGUAUUGUGGUUGGAGAUAUCGGCCCAAAGUUUGGCUUUAAUGAAGUUGACAAUGGUUUCCUGAAACUGGAGAACGUACGAAUCCCACGGGAGAACAUGCUGAUGAAAUACGCCAAGGUGGAGCCAGAUGGAACCUAUGUGAAGCCACCAAGUGCCAAGCUGACCUACGGCACCAUGGUGUUCAUCCGCUCCCUUAUCGUAGGCGAGUCAGCUUCGGCCCUUGCCAAGUCCUGCACCAUCGCCAUCCGCUACAGUUCUGUUCGGCACCAGUCAGAAAUCCGGGCGGGAGAGCCAGAACCCCAGAUCCUCGACUACCAGACACAGCAGUACAAGCUGUUCCCCCUGCUGGCUAUGGCCUAUGCCUUCACUUUUGUCGGCCAGUAUAUGAAGCAGACCUACCACCGCAUCAGUGGAGACAUCAACGAGGGGGACUUCAGUGAACUGCCUGAGCUCCAUGCCCUAUCUGCGGGUCUAAAGGCCUUCACCACGUGGGCAACCAACUCUGGCAUUGAGGUGUGCCGCAUGUCAUGUGGUGGCCACGGCUACUCUCGCAGUAGUGCCUUGCCAGACAUUUACGUUGAGUUCACCCCUACAUGCACGUACGAGGGAGAGAACACAGUCAUGAUGCUGCAGACUGCAAGAUACCUGGUGAAGAGCUACCGGCAGGCUAAGGCAGGACAGCAGCUGAGCGGCAUUGUGUCGUACCUGAAUGAAGCAGAGCAUCGGCGGGUCCAGCCCCAGCCCGUCGCUGCCAGACCAACCGUGGUCGACAUAAACGACCUGGCUAGCCUGGUGGAGGUCUACAAACUACGAGCUGCCAUUCUAGUAGAGCUGGCAGCUAAGAGCAUCCAGCAGGAGUUGCAGCGCACAAAGAGCCAAGAGGACGCCUGGAACAACAGUUCUAUCGACCUGGUCAGAGCCUCAGAUGCCCACUGUCACUAUGUCGUAGUGAAGCUCUUUACUGACAAGCUGGGGGAGGUCGGUGACACAGCGAUACACUCAGUGCUGUCAACCCUGGCUCUGCUCUACGCCCUGCAUGGCAUCACAAAGAACUCUGGAGACUUCCUACAGGCUGGAUUGCUGAGUGUGCCCCAGGUGCUGCAUAUUUCUGUUCGUAUCAAAGAGCUGCUGUCUCAGCUGAGACCCAAUGCUGUAGCACUGGUGGAUGCCUUUGAUGUCCACGACAAGAAGCUGAAUUCGGUCCUGGGACGAUAUGAUGGGAACGUCUAUGAGCACAUGUUCGAGUGGGCUCGCCGCUCACCCCUAAACUCCACAGAGGUACAUGAAUCCUUCCACAAGUACCUGAAGCCCCUGCGGUCCAAACUGUGAGCUGACCCUUGCACCUUGAUUCCUGGCUGUGACCCUUCAACUCUGCGUAUAUAGGCACAACUUUAGCAGAAUUAACCCAUCAUAUCAACCCCAUGAUGGUGUUCACUCACCAUCUGCUGGUAUUUACCAGUCUGAAGGAAUUUAGCCUUUCUUCACUCUGCUCUCUCUAUAUAUAUAUGUGGUCAAACUGAACACCACAAUCAGCCUCUCUAAAGACCAUGGUAUACAUUUUGGAGCAAUGUAGACAGCAAGCUUGUUCUAUCAUGACCCAGUCAUGACCCAUGAUUCAGUAUUUUGAAAACAAAAUACUGAAAAAAUCUAUUAUUUGUAGUUUUAGAUUACCAUGUUUUCUGUAGAGAAAUUCCAUUGUAAAUUUUCUUGGUAUUUAAUUUUUUCCCAUCUUUUCUUUACUUUCUGCUGCGUGCCUGAAGGCUCCUCUGUGUGAGCCAGCCAAGAUGGAAAUGCCAUCUCUUUUUCUUUCUUUUUUUUUUUCCUAACAAGAACAGAAUGUUAUUAUGACCGUCACAUAAUGUUAGAGCGUUUUAUGUUACGAACAGACCAACACCAAAAUCAGUUUUGGUUGUUUCCCCUGACUACAAGGACCAACAUGUUAUUUGAAAAGACACUGUGCUGUUUGUCAUCAUUGUUUUUAUAGAGGCAUUCAUUUAUCGAUGACAAGUAUCAAUUGCUGUAGAGCGCAAGAAGAAAUUGCACAAGAUUGAUGUAACGUUUCUUCUUCGCAAGUAUGUGGUAACCCCCUUACCUUUCCAUACCCAUGAAUUAUGGUGUAAUAUGACUGACUUAAACGACAGUCAUAAUGUAGUUUGCAUAAGCAGCCUAGCAAAUUAAAGCAGAGGUCCAACGGAAACAUUACAUGAUGAUCUAAAAAUAUUUCCCUGUAAAACACAGUGACGGCACUGUUUGGAAAAUGUCAGUAGAUAAAACCUCUGCAUAUACAUAAAGUUCAGCUGUGCUUUAAAGCAUUAAGACUUUUAAUUUACCUACAUUGUAUCAAACUGUUCCUCACAGCCUUAAGUUGAUACUUCACCUAAAAUGUAUGCUUUUAGUCUCAAAUACUCUACCCUCUGUAGGCUAGAAAGGUUUUAUGUUGGUAGUAUCGUCCUUUUGUAGAGAACAGUGGCCUGUCCCCUCCUGAAAUUCACGUCAGUCACAAUGGUCUCCAAUGCUAACAAGUUUUUACAAGAGGGAAAAAUCUUCUAGUUGUUGUAUUUCAAUUGCAAAGGUAAAACAAUCUGUCUUUAUUCUCAGUCCACCUGUCACAUCUCCUGCUGUAUAAUGAAUAACAUGGUCAUAGUAAUGAUCCACUUUACAGAUAGUGUGAAGGUUAUAUACUUAACUGUACUCCACUUAUAGAAGCUGACCUCAAUAGAGAGCAAAGAGGCCCAUCAAGAGACAAUGUAUGUGAGACAGUGCAAUGAUGUGGGGGCUUUCAAAGAUUUGCUGGAGAUUCAAUUAACCACUUUGGGGUGAUUUGUUCUAAAUUCUUCAAUUUCUGAGAAAAUUAUAUCACAUGAUUUUUCAUCAUGUAUGGCGGCGCUCUAAGCGGUGCGUUCGAUCAUUAGAAUGAAUGAUUACUCUAUUCUGUGCAUCCACAUGCUUUUAAAUGUGUUUGUGGGACAGAAAGUUUUCUGCAGAUAAUUAAGUAUGUCAAGUGUGUAAAAAGCACCUGUGAGGACAGGUAGUAUGAAUUUCUGACAGUGUUUAAUGAGGCCACAUAUACACUGUAUAUAUGAAUAAGUAUAGUCCCUCCCUGCUGUGUGGGGUUUAUAUAUUAUGAAGAACGGUCAAAACCCCAGCCAACAUCUGGUUGGAAACCACAAACUUUCAAUAAAUACAUUGUUCAUAUCCUGCUGAGUGAAUUAUUCUGAUUAAAAAAUGAUUGGAAUAUGUGCAAACUGGAUCCUUUUCCCCCCUAAAUUAUUGCUUCCCUGUUUUUGUUGUUACAGGGUCAGAAAAACUUAGCAAGCAGAAGUUUAUAAUAUUUCAUAGAAUUGGUGGACUUUUGCUCUUGAUUUAUCUCAGCCUUUGGUAGUUUCUUUUUCUCAACCAAAUCCAGCAGUCUAUAUGGUAGACACUGAGGCUGGUGAGUAAAAGUAGCAACAGAACUACUCAAAUAAAGAGAUUUGUGUGAAUGUAAUGACACUAUGAUGAAAAGGAGAGCUUAAAUCUAAAGCAUCACUGAACUGUAAAGAUGAUUUGUGGGAUAAUUAUGUGCUUGAGGAAGUUGUCAUCUCCUAAUCUAAGUAAUGGAGAAUGUUCUCUCACAAGGCUCAUAGCAUUUCAUUUUCUGUAUUUGUAUGACUUUUAAUCAGUUGAUUUCUGCUGUGAAGGCACGAUAAUCAAUAUAUAAUGACUAAGCUGUUUGUUAAGUAUAUUUGUGUGAUAAUCUGUCAACAUGUUUUAUUGAAUAAUGAUUUUAAACAACAUGGUUUUGUUGGUUGGUAAAUUCAUUUGACCUGUAAGUUGUAUUAAUAAGAAAUUAAAUACUCAACGUGUA